AUGGAAAAGAAAAAGAAGGACGAAGGAACGUUCGCUCAUAUCGCCCAACAACCCGACCAUCCGUUUACUCUCCUCCGUACAGCCACCUCCCAUGGACCGACCGGUUCUCUCCUCGCUGCUCCUGCCCCGCCCACACUCUCCUCCCGGGCCGGCGCGGCACAGCGGCGGCAUCGAAAAGUUCACGGCGCCGCGGCCCGCGCGCGAGUAUCAAUUCGGCCGCGGCGCCCCAGCCCGGGCGGCACCACGCGUCCUUCCCCCUCCACCGCCCUCUCUCGCCCUCCGCCGCGGCCCCCUCCACCACGACUUCCCCCUCCCGCCCCGACCCCUCCGCUUCGGUCCGCGCGCCACUCGCCAGUCUGCUCUCGGCAACGGAGCCGGUCGCUGCCGCACUUCAGCUGUCUCCCAGCCGCCGUCGCCGUCGUGCCGGAUCGCAACCUUUCGUGUGAACUCGUGGACGUGAAAAUUUCUAGCCGGCACGGUCGGCGUGGAAGAGGAGCAGUGUGCUUCAAAUUCCCAACUGCGCAACAACAUUAA